UUUGUUUUUUAUUCAGCCUUUGUAGGUGCAGACGCUGUUUAACUGGCGUUAAAUUCCGAAUUUUACAAACUAAAUUCAUGAUAAAAUAAUAAUAGAGGUGUUUUUAUGGAUUAAUUGCUACGUUAUUGGAAAGAUUUUGUAAGAAUUUAUAUACCAAGCGUUAGAUAUUCGCGGAUUUUAGAAAUCUUUGAGGACUACCCUAAUUUAUGAUAUUUUUUUGAUAAAAUCCCUUUUUUGAACCCAAUUCACUCGUUGAUUGACUCUUUUCCUGGGUUUUGGAUUCAUUGUUUCGAAAUGAAGCUUUCAUUCUUCAUCAGUAAACUUCAUAUUGGAUCUUGCUAUUCGUUUAAACGGCUGUACAGUACUAUUCCGAUAAGUGUGCAUAAAAAAUUCUUACCGCGUGACUCACCAGGGACUAUACUAUGGAGAUCAGCGUUGAGCGGUAUGGAGACUUAUUUUGCAAAGCAAAAUAUUGAAUACCCAACUGGAUAUCUGCCGAUAUUUUUAGAGCGUUGUCGAAACGCGAGGACGGACCAAGAAAUAACCUACUAUGAAUUAAAAAAAAGGGCAUUGAAGUCCUUGAUUUCCUCUAGAAACGAAAUAACUUCUGAUAUUUACUAUAGUGAUCGUGAAUACUUGAGGAGGCCUUUGCAUCAGAAAAACUACACCUCUUAUUUAAUCCACCUUCAGCGAAUCAUUGCAGAUAGCUUCUUUGCAUAUGCAAGGUUUAGAGAUAUUUUAGAAAAUACUAAUGUGGAACUACAAAGACAGCUAACUAAUAUUAGAAACCCGGGAGAGCUGUACCCAGCUGCACGAAGCCAGAAACGACACAUUAUUAUGCACGUAGGUCCCACAAAUAGCGGGAAAACAUAUCAUGCUUUACAGCGUCUGAAACAGAGCGAAAAAGGUAUAUAUGCUGGUCCAUUACGCCUUUUAGCUCACGAAGUUUUUAAUCGGCUAAACGCCGAUGGUAUUAAAUGCAACUUGAUUACAGGAGAAGAGAUCAGAAAACCCCAUGUUAUUCCACAAGUUGUAUCCUGUACGGUUGAAAUGUGUAGGUCUGAAACCUCCUUUGACGUUGCAGUUGUCGACGAAAUACAAAUGAUAGCUGAUCCGGAUAGAGGUUUCGCUUGGACAGAGUGUUUACUAGGACUUAAUGCUAAAGAAAUUCACUUAUGUGGAGAGGAAAGUGCUGUAAAUUUAGUCAAGGCUAUUUCGGAGUCGACUGGCGAUGAUUUUACUGUUCAUCAUUAUAAUCGACUUAAUCCCCUUAAAGUUGCGAAUAGAAGUUUGAGGGGUAAAUUGAAGUUACGCGAAGGUGACUGUUUGGUAGCUUUCUCACGUAAAGAUAUUUUUGCUUUGAAAAAAAAGGUUGAAGAAAAAAUGGGGAAACGAACAGCUGUGAUAUAUGGCUCAUUGCCUCCUGAAGUCCGCAAUCAACAAGCUAGCUUAUUCAAUUCUGAUAGUCAUGAAGAAAAAAUCCUGUUAGCAUCAGACGCUAUCGGAAUGGGAUUGAAUUUAACAGUGAAAAGGAUCAUUUUUCACACACUUAAAAAAUUUAGCGGUAAAGAGAUCAUUGAUAUUCCUGCUUCCCAAGUGAAACAAAUAGCCGGAAGAGCCGGUCGACAUCAGGCGUCCGACUCAGAACAAUCACCGGGUGUGGUCACGACAUUGUACAAAGAAGAUUAUGAAGCAUUGAAAUUUGCAAUGAAAGUUCCGAUAAAAAAUUUAACUCGAGCUUGCAUUAAGCCCCCUGACUAUGUUUUCCAAAAAUUCUGCACCCUUUUCCCAAGUGAUGUCCCGGUUCGCAUGAUUUUGGAACGCUAUUCAAAACUUUUUAAAGUCCAUGGACUUUAUUCUCCGUCAAAUUUUGAUGUGAACUUUUUCACUUUGGAUUUACUUGAAACUGUGCGAGACCUGACCGUAGAAGAUAAAAUUUCUCUGCUAGGAAUACCCAUUGGUAGACAGCUUCCAAAUGCCCCCGAAUUUGUGCAAGUACUUGGAAAGCACAUUGCGACCGGUAGGCGAAUGCAAGUAUAUGAUCAUCCUUACCUGCCUCUUGAUAUUAUUGACAAAGGAGUACCGAACACUAAUGAAGAGUUAGUUGAUUUAGAAAAAUUUCAUAAAAUGAUCGUGGUAUAUCUUUGGGUCAGUCUUCGUUACCCAAAUAUAAUAUUACCAGAAGCUGCUUUGGUACUUAAAAAGCUCACAGAAGGAUUGCUAGCUAAAGGUUUGGUAAACAUCCAGCAGGCAUAGAGAAAUAGACUUCGAUCAAGAUAUCAUCUUUUUGUAAUUAGUAUUCAAAAAAUGGAUAGGAAACCGACCUGGCAAAAGAUAAUAGUCUGUACGAAGGAUAAUUGAAUUACUUUUUGGGUUAUUAAUAGACAUAUGCUGAAUACCGAAGAUCAUUGCCCUACUUAUAGGAAUGAAUUUUCUAUGCCUAAUAUAUAUUGUAAUCGAUAAUUGA